AUGACCAAAAUCAACCUCACAGCCCUACGGGUGCGACAGGCCGCGAUCAACCAAAAGGCCACUGGAAAGACCGGUGUACUACCAAAUUGGGUCGCUGCACUGCGCGACCUUCCUCCGGCCGAAGUUCUCGUUCGUAAUCGUCCUCCUCAGCACCAGCUCGUUCGGCAACGAGUGAAGACAAUUGAGAACAAGUCGCAAGUCGUCUUCGAGGUCGAAGAGAAGCCCCGGAAGCCCAAGAAGCCUAGCCGCCUGUUCCAGCCCGUCGAGAUCAAAUACGAGGAAGAUCAACUACGAAAGGAAUUCUUUCGCGACCACCCAUGGGAACUUGCCCGGCCUCGUGUUCUCGUUGAGAGCAUGGGCAAGGACUUUGAAAAUUACGACUGGCGUCGUCUUCAGCAGCCUGGAAAGCGAUUGGAUGGUGAAAGUGUCGUACAACGACAACUCUGGCUUUUAAACAACGUCAAGAAUAUGACCAAGAGCAAUGCAUACGACAUUGCUCGCCGAGAAUUCUAUCGACUUCGGUUGCAGGAAGACAUUGAACGCCGAGUUGCCGCAGAAGAGGCCGAAGCGACUGGUGCGAACUUCGGCCCGUCGUACUUGGACAUUGGAAUGGAGCUGGAGAACAAGAAUUUCGAGCAAUGGAAGGAUUGGGCUCGGAAAGAAGCUCAGCUUCUUGACCAGCGGACAGCAGCCUUCGUUGGAGCCCCAGAACUUGUGCAGCCAGAAGAAGGCGACGCCGCGGAGACAGAGAGCGAACCCCCGGAGGCCGGCCAGUAG